AUGGCGCCGCCCACGAACCGGAAAGAAAUCCUCGACCACCUGCGCUCCAAAGCCGCCCGCGGCGAAUCCAUCGUCGGAGCUGGCGCCGGCAUUGGCCUCUCGGCCAAGUUUGUGGAGAAGGGCGGCGGUGACUUAAUCAUCAUUUACAACUCGGGCAGGUUCCGCAUGGCAGGCAGGGGCUCGCUUGCGGGCCUGAUGCCCUACGGAAACGCCAACGAUGUGGUUCUCGACAUGGCCAACGAAGUGCUCCCCAUUGUCGAGCACACGCCAGUGAUCGCGGGCGUGUGCGCGACUGAUCCGUUUCGGACGAUUCCCUCGUUCCUCAAGCAGCUGAAGGAGCUAGGGUUUGCCGGUGUGCAGAACUUUCCCACGGUCGGGCUGAUUGACGGGCAGUUCCGGGCGAACCUGGAGGAGACGGGCAUGGGGUUUGAGGCGGAGGUUCAGAUGGUCAAGGCCGCGCGCGAGCUGGAGCUGUUGACGACGCCGUACGCCUUCAACGUCGACGAGGCGGAGCGCAUGGCACGGGCGGGGGCAGACGUGUUGGUUGCGCACAUGGGCCUGACAACGUCUGGCUCGAUCGGCGCCACGAGCGGGAAGAGGCUCGACGAUUGCGUGCGGCUGAUCCAGGAGAUGCGGGAUGCGGCGGCCAAGAUCAACCCAGACGUUGUCGUGUUGUGCCACGGGGGCCCGAUCGCAAAGCCCACGGACGCGGCGUACGUGCUGAGCCGGGUCAAGGGGCUGCACGGCUUCUACGGAGCCAGCAGCAUGGAGAGGCUGCCGGUCGAGGAGGCCAUAACGGCCAUCACGCGCGAGUUCAAAGGGAUCAGAUUGAUUAGCUAG